AUGGUGCCCUACCAGCAACAUAACAUCCGAAUGGUACCCUAUCAACAACACAACUUCCCCAUGGUGUGCAUUCAGCAACACAAACUCCCCAUGGUGCCCUAUCAGCAACACAACCUCCCCAUGGCGCCCAAUCAGCAGCACAACCUCCCCAUGGUGCCCUAUCAGCAACACAACUCCCCCCAUGGUACCCUAUCAACAACACAACCUUCCCAUGGUGCCCUAUCAGCAACACAACCUCCCAAUGGUGCCCAACACAACCUCCCCAUGGUGCCCUAUCACAACAACCUCCCCAUGGUGCCCUAUCAGCAACACAACCUCCCCAUGGUGCCCUAUCAGCAACACAACCUCCCCAUGGUGCCCUAUCAGCAACACAACCUCCCCAUGGUGCCCUAUCAGCAACACAACCUCCCCCAUGGUGCCCCAUGGUCCCCAUGGUGCCCUAUCCCCAUGGUGCCCAAUCAGCAACAACCUCCCCAUGGUGCCCUAUCAGCAACACAACACAUCAGUAACCUCCCCAUGGUGCAACACAACCUCCCCCUAUCAGCAACACAACCUCUCCCAUGGUGCCCUAUCAGCAACACAACCUCCCCAUGGCGCCCAAUCAGCAGCACAACCUCCCCAUGGUGCCCUAUCAGCAACACAACCUCCCCAUGGUACCCUAUCAGCAACACAACCUCCCCAUGGUGCCCUAUCAGCAACACAACCUCCCCAUGGUGCCCUAUCAGCAACACAACCUCUCCAUGGUGUGCAUUCAGCAACACAACCUCCCCAUGGUGCCCUAUCAGCAACAUAACCUCCCCAUGGUACCCUAUCAGCAACACAACUCCCCACGAUGCCCUAUCAGCAACACAACCCCCAUGGUGCCCUACCUACCUAUCAGCAACACAACCUCCCCAUCGUGCCCUAUCAGAACCUCCCCGUGGUGCCCUAUCAGUAACAUAA